AAUCUCAUGGACCUGAAGAUGGCCUUACAGAAUGGACCAUGCUGUGUGGACCACAAGGCAAGCUCUGUAAAAUCUGCAGCCCUCGCUUGAGCCCUCGGUUGCAGUUUCCGCGGUUUCCGCGGUUUCCGCAGUUUCCGGUUGCAUCUGUCGAAUCGGUCUCUCGCUCGACUUCAAGGACUUCGCGUGAGACUCUUGCAAAGCCUGAGUUGAACAUCGCGAAAUUUCCCAAGGCCAAGAGACGUCCGAAAGGAUCGCGGAGUUUGCUCACUCUGUCGACUUGCGAAAGUGGAGGAUAUGAAGGAUAUGAAGGAUAUGAAGGACAUGAAGGAUGCCAACGAUGCGAAGGUGAGUCUGGUCCGUCUGGUCCGUCUGGUCCGUCUGGUGUGCGGCCUCACAGACAAGUCGGUGCAUCGAAGCUGGGGUGGAGAGCGAGAACGAGAGCCGCACAGUACUGUCAUGGCUUCUUCAAUGGUGCUGGAAAGGUGCACAUCAGCCAGUCCGAUUGCAAAGCCGAGAUCACAGCAAGACUGGAGUUCAAGGCUGCCUUAUUGGUCUUUGAAGAUCUCUAUGGUGGGCUCCGUCGCACACAGGGCAGUCAGGGGACGCCUGCAUUGAAAUGGACAUGGGAGAUGCAGGCUGACGUCGGCCCUUUCUUUGAAACGAGCCGCGUCUCGCGAGUUUCCUGGGAAUUUCUGGCAGGUCUCUUUGAUGCCGUUGCCCGCAUUCGAGUAAUCCAAGGCGAAAUCAUUGUGGAGAUGUCGCACCGGAGCUUGAGCCUUUUGGAGUCUGUUAGACAUUUCCUCUUAGAUACUCUCCAAGAGGAGGAAAACAUGGACAGGGCAACGAUUGACUCUGCAAUCAUUCUCCAUGAUUUUCAUCGCCGCAAUCGCUUGGUUGUGUGUUCCAAUCUUAGUCGCCUGGUGCUGCAGAAGCUUCGGAAAAGCCUCAAGGUCCGGAGACCUGCGGUGGAGUUUCUGAUGUCGAGUCUGUCGACUCGAAACUUGGCUGAUUUGAGACUCAUUCGACUCAUUGCAUCAGCUCAAGGAGCUCAUCUUGAAUCAAAUUCGCAAGGAAAACUCCGAGUCGUUCCCAACUCACAAAGCUUUAAGCGUCACUUGGAAUUCCAAGCCCGUCAAGAAGAUGCAAAAGAAAUUCGACACCUCCUCGAGCUGGAGACCUUGAGAUCCUAGUCGCCUACUAUCUGCAUACCGAGUGAAGCUGGUUGAGAGAUUUUUUAAAGAUAUCCAGAUAUCCAGCACCAGAAGCGUUGCAAGGGCGGAGAUCAGACAUUUGCGAAGCGAAGUAUGGAUUGAGUUUCUCAAAGCUUGAGCGGUGGCUCUUUAGAUGAAAGACACGAGUAGGACUUCCGGAAGUGAUUUGGGGAUGACGGCAUGACAUUGGAGGUUUCGAUGUGAACUGCUCAUAGCUGAGGUGAACGAAGACAGCGACAGGGAAUCUUCAGUCUAAAA